AUGGAAAAAACCGAAUAUCGUGCAGUGAUAAAAUUCUUUGUUUUGGAAGGUUUAUCAGCAACAGAAAUUCAUACAAAAAUGGUGAAAGUGUUAAAGGAAUCUGCUCCUUCAUUUCCAACUGUGCAUCGAUGGGUUUUAGACUUUAAACGUGGUCGUACAAGCGUUGAAGAUGAACCACGUAGUGGACGUCCAAAAAGUGCAACAACACCAGAAAUCAUUGAGCAAGUCUAUGAUAUUGUUUGUAAAGAUCCAAGUUUAACUAAGCGUGAAAUUGCUGAUACCAUAGGCAUCUCAGAUGAACGAGUACUCCAUAUUUUACACGAAGAAUUACAUAUGAAAAAGCUGCUCGGAAAGUUAGUGCCGCAUUCGUUAACAAUUCAACAAAAACUGAAUCGAAAACAAAUUUCUCACCGUAAUUUGGAGCGUUUUAAGCAGAAUAAAACCGAUUUUGUGCGUCGUUUUAUAACUAUGGAUGAGACUUGGAUCUACCAUCAUGAUCCUAAACUGAAACAAGAACGUUUACAGUGGAUUGAAGCUGGUUCUUCAGCUCCAAAACAGGUGAAGUCAGAACGAUCGGCAAAAAAGGUUAUGGCAUCAGUUUUUUGGGAUGCAAAAGGGGUUUUGUUGAUUGAUUAUCUUGAAAAAGCUUCACUUGAUCAACGUUAA